GUGAACAAGAUUACUUCAUUUUUUGUUUGGUGGUUUGGGACUUGGGAGUUUUCUUCUGCUUUUCCUCUGCCCUCUUCUUUCUUCAAGCUUCUUGGGUGGGUGGUGUUUGAGUGGUAUGUGUUAAGUUUCGACCUUUUGGUUGCUUUUGAUUCUUUUUCUCUCUGAUCUGGGGGUGUGUAUGAUUUCCAACUUUUUGGUUGAGCUUGAAGAGGAAGUGAGAGAGGAAGAUUGCAGCUUCAUUAUGGGGUUUGAUUUGGUGAUGAUGGCGAUGGUGGUGUAGUGGUAGCGGUGGUGGAGAAGUAAGAAGAACAAGGGGUGGGCCUUUAUUGACCGUGGAAAAAAAAAAGAGCGGAUAAAGCAAAAGAGUGUGAGAAAAGAUAACCAAUUUCAUGGUCUUUGUUGCUUGUUAUUGUCAUAGAGAGUGAAAGAAAGCUAAAGCUUCAGCUUCUCUAUCUUUUUUUUGCUCACCCAAUUCUUAUGGGACUCAUUGCACUUGUUCAGCUAACUUUUCUGUUUUGGGGUCUGUAAGGUUUAGUGUUCAUUCUCUGCUUGUUCAAAAUGCCGAUGUAUCAGCCGUCCGGUGCGAGAAGAGUUGGGGAUCUGAAGUUUGAUGUGGGCGGAGGUGGGCAGGUUAUAGAUCUGGAGACUGCCGUGAAAGAUGGGAUUCUGGGCGGCGGAGGUGGGUUGGUCUGCGGCGGCGGCGUUGCGGCGGAGAAGUUGGAUCUGAAGAAGAUGAUAGAAGAGCUGGAGUCUAUUGAGAUUCCCUCGGUGUUCAUUUGCCCAAUCUCGUUGGAGCCAAUGCAAGACCCUGUGACGCUUUGCACGGGUCAGACUUACGAGAGAUCCAACAUUCUCAAAUGGUUCAGCUUGGGGCAUUAUACUUGUCCCACGACAAUGCAGGAGCUUUGGGAUGAUUCGGUGACGCCGAACAAGACUCUGCACCAACUGAUUCACAGCUGGUUUUCGCAGAAGUACUCGGCGAUGAAGAAGAGGUCUGAGGAUGUGCAGGGGAGGGCGUUGGAGAUUUUGGAGACAUUGAAGAAGGUGAAAGGCCAAGCUAGAGUUCAGGCUCUCAAGGAGCUGAGGCAGGUAGUGACGGCUCAUUCUUCGGCUAAGAGCACUGUUGUGGACAAUGGAGGUACUGCUUUGAUUUCUUCAUUAUUGGGUCCUUUUACUUCGCACGCUGUUGGGUCGGAAGCAGUUGGGACCCUUGUGCAUUUGGACCUCAGUACUGAGUCCAAGAACAGUCUGAUGCAACCGGCAAAGAUUUCGUUAAUGGUUGAUAUGUUGAAUGAGGGGUCGAUUGAGACCAAGAUCAAUUGUACGAAAUUGAUUGAUGUUUUGAUGGAGGGACAGGAUUUGGAGUCGGAAAUUGCCUCGAGUUUGAGUCUUGUGGUAGGAUUGUUGAGGCUAAUUAGAGAUAAGAGGCACUCGAAAGGGGUGUUGCCUGGACUCAGUUUGUUGAAGACGAUUUGUUCACACGAGUCGGUCAGGAGCUCGGUUGUAAGUGUUGGGACAGUUCCUCAGUUGGUUGAGCUCUUGCCGAGCUUGAAUCACGAGUGUUUGGAGCUAGCGCUUCACAUCCUAGAAGUUUUGUCGACUGUUGAAGAAGGAAGAGAGGCUUUGAGAUGUUGCGCCAAGACGAUCCCAAGUGUGGUUGGACUGUUGAUGAAGGUUUCGGAGACAUGUACACAGCUAGCAUUGUCAAUCUUGUGGGCAGUAUGCAAGCUCGCCCCAGAGGAAUGUGCUUCCGUUGCGGUAGAAGCAGGUCUAGCAGCGAAACUGCUUCUAGUGAUCCAGAGUGGAUGCAAUCCUACACUGAAGCAAAGGGCUGCUGAGCUCUUGAAGUUGUGUAGUCUAAAUUACACCACCACUACAUUCAUUUCAAAGUGUAAGCUUACUAGAACAAUACAGUGAAGUGAAAAAAUUGGUGAAUUGCCCCACUUUGUUGAUAUACUUCAUUCACACAAUUUUGCUUUGUCCCAACGGAUAAAGAAGCCAGAGAGCUUAUCCGAUCCAAGAAAAUUCAAGACUAAAAGCCAAUUGGUGUUUCUGAGGUAGCCGUCCUUCUUGUGUAUACUAGAAAUCUUUGAUUGUAUUGGAACAAUUGUUUCCAGCACCAGAAAAGGAUCAUAACUUCAUAAUGUGGAUGGAUGAAUUGGGCACCAUAUUGCAAUUUUCAUUAUUACAAUU